GAGAAACCACCCCUUUGCUGAGACGUGUAGGUUUGGUCUCGUAUAUAAGAUAAGCGCAGGCUUUCUUGAAUGGAGAUCCCUUACGAACUGUGAUUACAGCUUUGUUGAAGUCGUCCAGAGAGAUCCACCCGAAACUCAUCUUUAAGAUGUGCUGUCGUCAGGCUGUUCUUUUGGCUUUGAUGCUCGUUGUUAUGUACGCCGCAACAGAAGCCCGUUAUCUCCCCACCAGGAGUCAGGAUGACCGCCUGGACAGGCUUCGAGAACUUCUUAGAGAUCUUCUGGAGAGCGAAGUCGAGAAAACAAACGUCAACAACAACAGCUAUGACAGGCGAAUGUUGUACAAGCGUCAGGUGCCAAUGAUUACCACAGAGCAGCAGCAGGCGCCACUAGUCUCGGCACAACAAUGAAACAACAAUCG